AACCAGAUAAGACAAUGAUAAUGAACUCUGAAUCCUAGAAGUUCAGAAAGAACUCCCAAAAAAUUUACCCCUUAACUAGUUGAUCUCCAAUAAUUCAAUAUAGACUAAUUGGGUUCUGCCGACCAGAAAUUCACAUUCACAAUUGUGCAGUCACCAUCCACUCGUCCAGUAUCAAUUUUUUCUCCAUCAACGUAUCAUUUACAUAUAGGACUAUAAGGCAAGCUCAAAGUGAAAACCACACAUUCCAUAAACCAACAUUAUCUCCACACCUCUUCCUGACCCACAAGUCGACAUUGUUUCAGGGACAAAUUUCUGUUCACAUUAGAAAGUCUUUUAUCACUUGAGCCUCAUUUCUAAAGGAAAAUUUCUCGAGCAAUCAUCACAAAAAACAAAAAUAAAAAUAUUUCACAAAAACUUCAUGUCAAAGUAAUGGACCAGCCCAAUCAGAAAUAGAAGGAAAACAAAAAAAAAUGUUAAAUCAAUUGGAUUUUGUCUACUUGUGUCUGCAGCUUCCUGUAAUUUUCUAAUUCUAUACUCGUCGACUACACACAGACAAUUAGUUCAAUUAAGACAUACAAAUUUCCUUAGCAUGAUAAACAGAUUUUAACUUCCAUUUUGGUGUGUAGUUCAAAGUCAAGAGCUCAAGAUCAUCCAAGCAAGUCUUCCAACACACCAGAAAUAUCAAGGACAGCGACUUAAUCUGUGUAGUGCACCACAAAAGAAGCAUCUGGAAAUACUUAACAUGUUUUCUACCCAUCGUAAACUUGGGGUUAUGUAAAUACCUUAACUUUAUAAAGUUGAUAUAAAUGUGUUAUGAACGAUUCAAAAUUCAUUGAAAGAAAUUAAAACCCCAAUUCCACUUUUUUACCAAGAAUUAAAAUAUACCUAAACUAAAAAAGAGCAAAUGACUGCUCUCUGUGCACUAAUACUCCUUUCUUGCUUUAUGCUAAAAUCUUCUUGCACAACAGAUACCAUCAAUAACACAAUAUUUCUCAAAGAUCCUGAAACUAUAAUCUCAAAAAACAACAAUUUUGCACUUGGAUUUUUCAGUCCCGAAAAUUCCACUAAGCGUUAUCUGGGAAUCUGGUACCAUAAGCCCUCUGUAAGAGAUGUCAUCUGGGUAGCAAACAAGAACAAACCACUCAAUGAUUCUCCUGGAAUUUUGAGGAUAUCUAAGGAUGGAAAUCUCGAAGUGCAGGAUAAUAGAAACAAAAUCCUUUGGUCCUCAAAUGUCUCAGGUUUAGAAGGUUUUGACUCCCCAACUGCCCAGAUUCAAGAUUCUGGCAACCUUGUUCUGCAAAGUGGAGGAGAGAUCCUAUGGCAGAGUUUUGAUCACCCAACAGACUCUUUCUUACCAAACAUGAAACUCUCCGUCACCAAAAGCAAGAAUCAAAAGAAAGCAUUACAGUCCUGGAAAAGCCCAUCAGAUCCAUCAGAUGGAAGAUUCACGGCUGGCAUUGACACUUUUAGCCUACCCCAGCUCGUGAUCUGGGAUGGGGAUUAUCCACGCUGGCGAAGUGGUCCAUGGAAUGGAAACAUCCUUAUUGGAGUACAAUUUAAUUUCGCGGACUUCAUCAAUGCUCAACUUGUGGUUUCUAAUGAUAAAGAGGGAACAAUCACUGCAACAUACUUUUAUCCAAACAAAUCUCUACUAUCAACUUAUAUGUUGAAUGCAGAAGGGAUAUUUACACAAAUAUGGUGGGAUGACAAAACGCAGAAAUGGGAGGUAGAGUGGCAGGUUCCUGCAACAGAGUGUGAUAUAUACGGGAAGUGUGGAGCAUUCGGGACCUGCAACUCACAACAGCCAACAAUUUGCCAGUGUUUGAAGGGGUUUCAGCCGAAGAAUAUAUCAGAAUGGAGCAAUGGAAAUUGGAGCAAUGGAUGCUUAAGGACAACUAAUUUGCAGUGUGAGAAAAGAAAAGGUACAGACGAUGGAUUUUUAAGGCUGAAGAUGAUGAAAGUGCCAGAUAAUGCUGAGUGGAGGUUAGGGUUGAAUCAAGAUGCAUGCAGAAGCCAGUGCUUGAACAACUGUUCCUGUUUAGCAUACGCAUAUGAUAAUGGUGUUGGUUGUAUGACAUGGAGUACAAGCUUGAUUGAUGUACAAGAGUUUUCAGUGGGUGGAGUGGAUCUCUACCUUCGUCUAGCACAUUCAGAGCUAGGUAUUAAUAAUAAGAAGAAGAAAGUACUUGCAGCAGUGAUGGGAAGCAUUAUAGGAACGAUGUUAAUUGCUGUUUUAUUAUUCUUUCUGUGGAGACAAAGGGCGCAUCAAGAAGAUGACAAGAAAAGGAAGGAAGACAAUUUCAUGACUAGUGAUGAUAAGAAAAGCAAUGUGAAAUUUGAAGAGAUUCCACUGUUUAAGUUCGAAACACUCGCAGCUGCUACAAACAAUUUCCAUGAAAGCAACAAGCUGGGACGAGGUGGUUUUGGUUCAGUAUACAAGGGAAAGCUGGAAGAUGGGCAAGAAAUAGCUGUGAAACGACUUUCAAGGGCCUCUACACAAGGUCAAGAAGAGUUUAUGAAUGAGGUGAAGGUUAUUUCUAAGCUGCAGCAUCGUAAUCUGGUCAGACUUCUGGGAUGUUUUGUUGAUGAGCAAGAGAAAAUGUUGGUUUAUGAAUACAUGCCAAACAAAAGUUUGGAUGCUAUUCUAUUUGUGGCAAAAAAGCAAAAGAAUUUGGACUGGAAAACAAGAUUCAACAUUAUAGAAGGGAUAUGCAGAGGCCUCAAAUAUCUCCAUAGAGAUUCUAGAUUAAGAAUCAUCCAUCGAGAUCUGAAGGCAAGUAACAUUCUGCUGGAUGAAGAGCUUAGUCCAAAAAUAUCAGACUUUGGAAUGGCAAGAAUUUUUGGGGGUGACCAAGACGAAGCCAACACUCGACGAGUAGUUGGGACAUAUGGUUACAUGUCCCCCGAGUAUGCAAUGGAAGGGCUAUUUUCAGAGAAAUCUGAUGUAUUUAGCUUUGGAGUUUUAUUGCUGGAGAUUCUAAGUGGAAAAAGAAACAGUAUCUUCUCAGAUGAAGAGCAUUCCUGGAGCCUUAUAGGAUAUGCAUGGAAGUUAUGGAACGAGAAGAACAUCAUGUCAUUGAUUGAUCCAGAGCUUUCUGAAGAAUCUGAACCUGGCCAGGAAGAGAAUAUUAUGAGGUGUGCACAUGUUGGACUGUUGUGCGUGCAAGAAUUUGCAACAGACAGACCAAACGUACCUACUGUCAUAUCUAUGCUGAAUGGAGAAAUUUCAGAUCUUCCAUACCCAAAGAAACCAGGAUUUGCUCAUAUCACUCAGGACAUCACCUCCUCUCAACAUAAUUUUUCCACAAAUUAUGUAUCUAUUACAGAUAUAAGUGGCCGAUAAGUGAGAAAUGAGUAAGAUGAUUAAGACAUUCCAAAAGAAGGGUAGCACAUUUGCUCUGGCUAAGUUAAUAUACAUUUUCACAAAAAAAAAAAAAAUAUAUAUAUAUAUAUAUAUAUAAAAUAAAAACUAUACUCCGUAUCAUAAUUUAUAAAUGCUGGUUUGCAUCUUAAACUUGUGAAUCUUUAAAUAACAUGGCUUUCCAGACCGAGUUUCAAGACUUACAACCUAGUUCCAUAAUAUCUCUAUAUCACAAGUAAAGUUCCAACCGAAUUCUACACUAUUUGUGCUUUCUAGGCCUCAUUUCACAUUAAACCUCAUUCUUGAAAAUCAUACGACAAAGAAAAUAAAAAUAAAAAAGUUUGUGUUGGUUAUCGCCCAAAUUUUGUAAGCCCAUUAUUCUGGUGGAGUAUUGUGCAUAUUUUAGGGCUUCCAAAAUAAUCAAGCAAGGUCAUUACUUGCCCUUGAUUUCUGUAGAAUAAUGAGCAUUAUUGACAUUGGAAGCUAUUAGAAUAUUAUAGCUGAUUCGUGAAUUUUCUAGAACAUUAUGGAUACAAGAAUAAUGGAGAAAUUUCUAGAAUAUUCCAGCCCUAGGUCAUGGGCAAUACAACACAACACAAGAAGCCAUACCCAAAAAGCCUUCCCACAUACUACACCUUGUACUAUUUACCUUCUUUACGAAUCCACUAUUCCUACUUUGUAAUACUCCAUUGUGAGUUUCUUAUAGUGAGAUAUAGUGAGAGUUCUCUUGUAAUACUCACCCUUUUAAGGGUUCCUAUACUCUCCUAUUUUGAAAUAGUGGAAUAAAAGUGCAUGUCAUUACAUAUAAAAUCAUAUGUUCAUUUAUAUUAAUUUAUCUUGCCAAUUAUCAAUUCAAUUUAUACUUCUCAAUCAAACACAUCACCCACCAACCCUAACACUUUGCUAAUGAAAACUUGUAAUUCAAUCAUGUGGAGAUUUUUUUUUUUUUUUGAAGACAUAUAGAGAAUUAAGAUUACUUCAUUUAAUUGUCUCUUUAAAGAGGAAAAAAAAAAAGCAGUAAAUAUUUUAUUUGUGUUCUUUCACCCACUAGCAAGAGUAGCAAGCUCAAAGCAAAACAAAACAUAUGGCUCAAUAAUGUCUACUCCAAAACAAAACAAAAAUAGACCACUCAAUUUGAACUUACCUUGAUUUACCAUAUGCAAUAAUGUAUACUCCAAAACAAAACAAAAAAAUAGACCACUCAAUUUGGCUCUUUCAAUUGAAAAAGAAAAGUUGUAUCACUAAAUACUAGAUUUGGAGCAAAUCCAUAUCUUAAAGCAAGUCUAUUGUACAAGAUAAGUAUUUCUAAAAGACAAUGAUCUGCUCUACCUAUAAUAAGAUUAAUCACGGAUGCAUGCUCACUUUAAGCAAUAUAAAUGAACACAGUCCAGACCUCAAUCACCUCAUUGAACCAAUGCGAGCAAUAUAAAUUAACACAGUUCAGACCUCAAUCACCUCAUUUAACCAACACGUAUCGUCUAGCUACUGCAAAGCAUAUCUUAAACUCAUCACUUAAUUCUUGUUUAUCUAUUGGCUACUAUAAAGCAUAAUCAUUUCUUUAAAUAUAACACAUAGACCUCUUUCACAUUUUCCAUGUCCACAAAAAAUCCAUAAGGUUGCAGAUGACUCAUGACUGCUCUAUUAUGAUCUAGGUAUCCUCCUCCGUAACAUGAGUUUUCCCCAAUACCAUCACAACUCACAAUCAUCAUGACUCUGCCACCAUAAUCUCCAGUAAACAGCUAACACUUCUACACUUCUCUGCCAAUAUAAUCCAAUAUUGACUAGUAGCAUUCUGCACUUACACACUAAAUUAUUCAGUCACUGGAUCCACCCACCAAAAUUUUACCAAUCACUUCAUCAGGACCUGGUAUAGUAAAUUAGUAAGCCUUCCUGACCAAUGGGAGAGACUCGGAAGGGACUGAAAAGAUAUCCGAAAAUCUUAUACACUACAAUGGUUCUGAACAAAUAGGGUAGCAAAUAAAUGUCAAAAACAAUCAUAAUUCCUCACUAAACCAAACUUGAUUCUGGGAACUCUUUAAGUCGGAUAAUAGGGAUAUCUUAUGAGUUAGGCUAUUGGUGUAACAGUUAGCCUUUCUAACAAACGGUGAAAUGAGAAUACCAACCUUAGUUACUAUUUGGCUAUAUAAGAAUAUCCAAGUGAUAGCCCAUACCUGAGUUAUGUCCGUAUAUGAAAAGGCAAUGGUAAAGUGAAUAUUUCACCGACCUUUAAAUGGCCAACUGUUGAUCUAAGAGUUUUUCAUAUCAUGUAGCAGUUUGGUCACCCUACUAAUUCUGGAUUUCUGCAGAUUCUUUACAGCGAAAUCCAAAACCUAUAGUCUAAGACACUAAGCAAAGCGGCAGUGGCCAGAAAAUUGUUUCAGAUGGAAGCAAGAGUGAUUUCUAGCUAGCCUGGACGCUUUCAUACAACCCAGUAUGUUACUCCGUAUAUGAAAUGGCGAUGCCAACACCAGCAUACACACCAUAAAAUGUUAAACAUCUACAAUACAGGACAAAUAAACCAGACAAGUCCCUACUACUCCAUUAGACUGCACGACAAUGAGCUCAGAAGGGAAGAAAUACCUACAAGUGUGACUUAGACGGACUACAGCAGAAAGUAAGGGCCAUUUGGAAAUAGGAGCUAAUAUUCAGAGAGACAUAAUCUAGAUUAAAGCGCAAGUCAAAAGCCACAAAUUAAAAAUGCCACUGUAUGCUAAGUUAAGAUUUGAAUAAAAUAAAGAUGGCACUAGUUAACUGUUCAUAUUAAAAAUAUGCAAAUGAUAUUGCUAUUGGCUGUAAAUGGAGUCCAAGCUUGAUU